AUGUCUUCCGAAAGCCGACAUAACGACUCGGAAACACGAACACCCCAUUCAUUCAGCGGACACAAAAUCGCUCUUGUCACUCUUUUGACCGUUCUCACGGCUGUACUUAUUGCUCUAUUCUGGGAAGACACCGCCAAUCUGUUCGGCUUCCGACGCCUCCUUGGAUCCUGCGCGCGCUCAGCGGCAGUACCUCUAUCUGCUUCAACUUCCAUUGCAGCAGCUGCGACAGUGAAGGGAAACUCAGACGUAAAAUCCAGCAUGAAAACACCUAUUUACUUCCUCAGCCAUGGCGGGCCAAACGUCAUGUACGAGACCGAUCACCCGGCUUACCGUAAGCUCGGGGAGAUUGGGCGCGAGAUAACAACCAAGGUGAAGCCGAAGGCUGUCGUGGUAUUCUCGGCGCAUUGGCAGGCCGGUCGAAAUACGAUCCAGGUGAAUACCGCCGAGAAGACUGAUUUGAUCUAUGACUUCUAUGGCUUCCCAGGUCAUUACUAUAAAGAGAAGUACCCAAAUGUGGGUAGCAAGGAAUUAGCAAAUGAAGUCCUGAGAUUGUUGAAAGAAGCCGAUAUCCCGGCCGAGGGCGUUGAGCGCGGACUCGACCACGGCAUCUGGGCUAGCUUCAAGUGCGCCUUCGAGCCAGAAACAAACCCACUGAACGUUCCCAUCGUGCAAGUCUCGCUCUUCAACACAGAAGACCCAGACCAGCACUACCGACUCGGACAGGCAGUCGCGAGUCUUCGCGAGCAGAAUAUCCUGAUCAUCGUGUCCGGGAUGGCCGUGCAUAACCUGCGCGAUAUGCGGUUUGCCUUUGGCAGUUCGACCCCGAUGCCGUAUGCGGUUAGCUUCGACGAGGCGCUUAAGGAUGCCGUGACGACUGCGCCUGCUGAACGGCAGAAGGCCAUGGCUGAGCUAUUAAAGAGACCAGACGCACGCCAGGCUCAUCCUUCCUUCGAGCAUUUGCUGCCUAUUCAUAUUGGGGCUGGUGCUGCGGCCGAGGACCUGGGGAAGAGGAUCUGGACGUUCCCCGAGGGGAGUAUGAGCUGGGCGCAGUAUCGGUUUGGUGAGGUUGGCAAUGUUAGUAGCGCGUUGUAA